AUGAAUAAUUAGAGUGUCCAUGAAUGCUACAAUUUAAAAAUCAAUGUAAAGUAAUUUAGAUAAAUUUCCUUCUUGAUAUGCCUUAAGACAAAAAUUAUUGAAUGCUAUAAGUAGGAAGAGGAUGUAAAAUUGAUUAUUAAUGUAAUGAUUAAAAAUUAGACCUAAUUUUCAACUUUUAAUAUUAGAAAAUGCAUUAUAUUUUAAGAGAAUGAAUGA